AUGGAGAUAUUGGUGAAGCGCUGUCUAGGAGUUCUAGGAGAAUUGAUUGCCGAGUUCGGACUGAAGUUGAACGUGGUUUCCGCGCCUUUGGAGAGAAACAGGGCAGACGCACUGACCAGGGUGAAAAGGGUGUGGUUGGAGGAACCGGAGGAGGCCCGGAAAGGGAUCGCUGCGGCAUGUCGGUUGGAUGACUCCGAACUGAAGAGACUACAUUCUAUGCAUCACUUGGGUGUGGACAGGACCCUAUAUCUCUCGAAAAAAGUGGUCAGGAGCUGCGACAGGUGUCAGUCCAUUGACCCUACUCCGUGUGGGCAUGAGCAAGGAAAUCUUUUGGUGGAGCGCAACUGGAAAUGUCUAGUUGUGGAUGUGAUGCACUACCAUCAGAGAAUGUAUCUCUCCAUGGUCAACUGUGGGCCGGGCCGGCUGGCCAUUUGGAGGGAGUUGAGAACGGGCAUUGCUGACAAGAUUGCGCAGAUUUUGAACGGGAUAUUUUUAGAGAGGGGUCCUGUGGAAGAACUGCUAAUGGACAACGGGGCGGUGUUUCAUUCAGAAGCAUUGAGGGAUAUGCUCAACUGGUGGAAUGUGCGUUGCUUGUUCAGAGCAGCGUAUAGGCCGAGUGGUAACGGGAUCGUAGAGAGGCACCAUUGGACAGUCAAGUCCAUAGCGGAAAGAGGGCACAUUUCACCAUUGGAAGCAGUUUUCUGGUACAACAUGUCUCCCCGAUCUGGACAAGCUGAAGAAUCUGUGCCACACAGAGCAGUAUUUAAAUAUGAAUGGAGGCAUCUUAGUAAAGCGCUGGAGGGCUACGAGGAAGAGAAGGGACCCGCUUGCAUGAAAAUAGGGGAGGAAGUCUGA